UUAUUUUUAUAUCGAGCGACAUUAAUAUCCAUGUUAAAUUCUAUUAUUAAAACAAAAGGACAUUUAGACUAAUAACAGAUAGGAAAUAAUUAUUUGUAAAAUACGAUUAUUAUUCAUAUAAUAUGAUAUAUGGAAUAUGAUUGUAUUAUUCAUAGAAUAAGAAAUUGUUAUUGAUCAUACCGCUUAUUAAUUAUACAAACUAUAAAAACUAUAAAAAAAGUAUUAAAUUUAAUUUGUGCGGUAUAAUAGCAAAUCCAUUUUAAAGUCGGUGAAAGAUAGAUAUUUAGGAAGACAAACUAGAAAUAAUCGUCAACUUUCAAAAGAUUUAAUAUUCUUGCAAAUGCCACAAAGCGAUAGAUAGAACUGUGACAAAACUUUUUCACGCGCAGCAUUUGAAAGUCAGAUGUACAGAUUGUGUUAUUUGUGUAAGAUAAAAAUCUUCCUUGUACUUUUUUCUUGCUAGAAGUUCCUCAUUUUAAAGUAAUAAAUCUCUGGAGAUCUCUAUGGGUCAUAUAACUUUCAGUAGAACUAAUAGACAAGUUAUUAAAUUGUAUUAUUCUAAUUCUUAGUUAAGAUAAUUUAAUAACUUGAUUUAUUUCUUAGAAAAAGAUUAAUCUUCUAUUAAUGUAUCACAUCACACUCUUACUGAAUAAGAUAUAUAUUUAUUGUACAAUAUUAUAUAUGAUAUUUUAUAAUAUCGGAAUUGUAAUAGUCAACCGCAACCACAAGAUCUUAUUAUGUUAGCGUUUGCUAUUCGCGGGGUGGUUCUCCUCGGCGUGUUGGGCUGGUACAGCGCCACCAUCUGGAAGAUGAUCGACGGUUAUUUCAAGGAUCAGUUCCGCGUUUACUUGCAGGAAGAGUAUCGCAAGUAUCCGCGGAUCAGGACCGACGUCGAGAGCGCCAAGGCUAACGUCGAUAAGGGACCCGUUUCGAGCGCGUUGCCAUCCGAGUCGAGCCAUCCGAGUCACGGCAUCGCGGAGACCUACGCUUCCAACGUGGUAUGCCCGGCCGCCGACAUCGCAGACGCCUGUCGGCGUGCGGUCGCUUCGAACGGAAGGCCGGAGGAAGCCGUGGCAGGUGGCACUAGCGAAAUCGUGGCCGCCGUAGGCGCCGGUGGUCCCACCGAUAAAAAUGCAUUCCCGGCGAACGCGGCCCAGGAAAGUGGGGAGCCGCCGAGCAGCGACACGCGAGAUAAAGAACGACCGGGGCGACCGGGUGCCGUCAAUCCGGACGGCGAUCGCGAAGAGGAUGCGAUCGGGGGAAGUGUACUCCCGUCCCCCUGCGCGUCGCCUGCGCGUCGCCCCGAGAAACCGCGACGUCGCCUCGAUAAGAGGGGAUCAUCGCGUGUCGCGAAAGAGGUCUCGAGGGAGAUAUCGGGGGAAAGGCCGAGGAAACGAAGAGUGAACACGCUCGUUUUGACGGACGCCGAUUUCGCCGCCGCGAGGACCGAGGACGGCGAAGACGAUUUCUCAGAGUUUGAGGACGACGAAGGGGAUCGAGGAAUUUCCAAGGAAGGGAUCCUCGUCUCGGAGCUACCAUUUAAGCCCAGGGCGGACAUCGGAGAUUUGGACAGGGUAACUGCGGAAGAAUUUUGUCCUCUGACCUUGGAGGACGAGACUUCCUGCGGAGAAACCACCACGUGGCCGUGACUGCGCAUGAUGAUGAGGAGCACCGUCGAUGCAAUUGGAAGUAUUAGAUCGUAUGGAAAAAAAGCUGUGCAUUAACAGCGGGGCAUCAAAGGGCUUAGGGACAUGCUGAGAAGGUUGCAGCAGAAGACUGCGAUUGUUAUUAGAAUAAAUAUGUUCAAUCAGUUUCGCGGCUUUAUUAAAGAUGAUGAUGGAUGUAGAAUGACGAUGUUCAGAUCUUUUCAGAUGUUUUUGUUGGCGUACCGCGAUUUAUUUUGUUGAAUAGGACUGGAAUAGGAUGAAAUAAAGUGUAUAUCGUAAUUUUAAUCGAAAUUUAUUUAAUAAUUAUAAUUUUAAUAUAAAUAAAUAUGUUGUUACCAUUCCUAUUAGAAAGACUGGGUUUAAUUUCGGUAUGACUUAUAUCUUUGUGUUAAUACUUUGUUUUUCCAUGUCAUAUAUAAAAUGUAUAUUUAGCAUAAAUUUAAGCACAUACUCUAUGA